AUGGAGGCGGGCGUUUUGCUCACGGCGGUGGUGGAGGUGAUUUCAGGCGCCGUGAGGUUCGCUAUCAGGGGGCCCGAGAGUACGAAGAUGACGAGAAUGAUUGGAGGUAUCCUCGACAAGGGAUUGGGGAUGGCGGUCCGCAUUUCGAGGAUGAUGAAAACUGGGAGUUCGAUCAUCAGAGGCGAGCUUGGGCCCGUGAUCGUGAGGGCUUCGGGUGCGGGUGUUUCGGAUGGACGUUCGGCAUCGACGGCGGGUCCUGUUGCGAGUCAAGGUGCUGUCGCGAGCCACUUUCCAGCAGGUGGCAGGAGUCAGCAGCGUCCGGGAGGAGCUGGCGUACCACAACAGUCGACGGCUGCGGCACGGACAGUGGCCGGGUUGCGAUGUUUCGGCUGUGGCGAGGUGGGGCAUAGACAAGCUGUAUGUCCACGGGCUGCCGGAUAG